AUCGGCUUCUCAUCGUCGUUUGCGCCCUCAGCUGCUCCUCUUUGCCUGUAUCUCACGGUCAUUGGAGUAGCAAGACACCAGUUUGCCCCUCACCAUGUCAUCCUCCACGCCCGUUGGGGCCCACGCCCGCAACCCCUCAGAUGACGAUUGGGCCCCUGCAACGAUGGUGAGCGACUUUGAUGAUCACCAGCAAACAGCGACUGCCUCGUCACUCCCAGAUUGGGAUCAGUGGGACGACUUUACGACUACCGCAGGCCCUAGCAACAGCAGUCGACCCAGCUUUGCGAAGCGCACUUCGCAACCUUCCGCCCAAAAUCAGGCAGACGAUGACUUCUUUGCGGCAUUGGAGCGCUCAACGCCUGGCGAGGGCCCAGCAACUUCAUCAGCUACAGCAUCGGCCGCAGCCGCAGCUGCUGCAGGGGGUGGUGAAGGUUUCUUACUCCCCAUGGGCGUGGCUACACCGCCUGUCGUCCGCCCACCUUCACCGCCGGAGAUUGACCUCGAGCAGAGGAGAAUAGAGGAGCGGGAUAGACAGUUGAGGGCAGGAGGGAUUGUCCAGGCGGAGGGAGGAGGUGGGGGUGCAGAUGAGGAUUGGUUUGCCAAGUUCGAGCGCAAUCUCAAAAGCGGCAGGGGUCGAUCAGACUCGCAGCUCCAAGCAGAACUGGGCAGCGAACAGCUCGAGAGCAUGAAAGAAGCGCAUGCAAGUCCUUUGCCGACGCCCUUACGACCUAAGCCUCAGGAAAGGGGCAGCGACUACUUCUCGCAAGGCAGACUCGCACCACCUCCAUCAUCAUCAAAGCAGCAGCAGCAGCAGCAGCAGCAGCAGCAGCAAGCGGCCAACAACUCCUGGUGGGGCUCUAUCCGCCACCUGGGCUCAGACUGGGCGCAUCGCGCUGCCGACUACCUCGACCCCGGCGUGGACUUUUCGGACGAGGAGCUUAAGCUUGCCCGCAAGAUGGGAGUCAUAGACCUCGAUAGUCGGACGGCCACGCCUGCUGGGGGAGCUACACCAGCGAGAGGCAAUACGCCUGCGCCUAUUCCUGGCAAGCCAGAGAGAAAGGGGACCGCAGGGAGUAGUAGCAGCGGUAGCUCUGCACCGGCGAAGGUGGUCAGCGGAGCCCCUGGCGUGGACUUCAGCUCGCUGAACCCCAAGUGGAAUGCAGGUGGCUGGACUUUACCGGCUGACGACCCCUCGACGAGCUCACGAGCGCGCAUGGCGUCCGCUGAGCGCAUGGCCGCAGCUGCGUCCAAUGGGCACUCAGAAAAGAGCACUUCGCAGACCAAGAAGCAGACCCGCCUUGCCCCGCUGCCAGUCUCUUUGACUGGGCGAAGGGAAGACUCCUCCCCUGUCAUCACAGACUCGCACGCUGCACAUCUCCAGCCUCACCUCCCGCCGCGACUGAAGUUGGGCAGGACGUGGCGACUCUGCUACUCCAGUGAUCAGCAUGGGAUUAGCCUUGAAACGCUCUACGACAGAGUGGGGAGAGCGAUGGACUCCAAGCCUGGCUCGGGUGAUCAGGAUGACCGGAAUGGCUACGGCGGGAGCAGCAGUGCCUCCAGUAGGCAGGACGGAUGGCUCCGUGGGGCUUCCUCUGCCACCAGAGCGGCGCUGGGCGGCGACGAAUUGAGAACCUCAGGCGGCUCAUCCUCUCUGUCAGGCAACAGCAUCCGUCUCGGCUCUGGUCUCACCUCGAUGCGCGAUGCAGGCCUCAUCCUGGCCGUGCGAGACGAACGCGACCAAGUCUUCGGCGCCUUUAUCAACGAGCGCCUCACGCGCGUCCACCGGGGCUACUACGGCAAUGGAGAAUGCUUCCUGUUCCGCCAAACGAGGGGAGAAGAGGUGGUAGUGUAUGCUGCGACUGCUAGGAAUAACUUCUACGCUCUGGGCGAGAAGGGCUAUUUGGCUUUUGGAGGGUCGAGCGCUCAGUAUCAGGAGGAGAGGAGGAGGGAGGCAGAGGAGAGGGCGAGGCGCAAUGGGUCUGUACCCUCGAGUAUGGCUAAGCAGUCGUCGAGCUCGUCAGGAGCAUCGUCGGGUUACGGCCUCUGGCUCGAUGAGGACUUCUCGCGCGGAGUAACGGCGAGGUGCGAGACGUUUGAGAAUGCGCCACUUGCUCAGAGCGGGGAAGACGAUGAUGCAGGCGGUGGGGUGGAACGAGAGCAAAAGUUCGAGCCUGUCUUCGUCGAGGUUUGGGCUGUUGGCUUGGACUGAAAUGGUCAUACAUUAGAAAGGCUGAAGACGCGACAUUCUCGAGAUUGUGCCUUCUCUACUGCUGCUGCUGCUCGUCUAUCCUGCUGCAAAGCAAGUGUAGCGUGUCAAUGAGCGUGCCCUUGUCAAAGGAGCCAGCGAUGUCCAUGCUCGCCAUCUAAAGUGGUAUCACGUUCUCCGACUCCUCGCCGCCUACUCCCUCGCCCUCGCCACCAACCAAUCGCAAAUCUGAUUCAAGACAGCAUCCGUCUUCUCAUCGUCCUCUUUACUCUGCCCCUUU